UAAUGUAUUUCAAUUUGAACAGCUGUGAAAUAUUUUGCAGUUAUUUAAUAUUGCUCUAGACAUUUAUCUUUACGAAAAAUUCCUGUAAAGUGACUGAAAAUGUCGUCAACUCUAAUGCAAAAGCUUUCUCUCACAUGUCUUAAAGCGGAGCAGCCACUUUUAACAACCAUACGUAAUGCCAGCAAGAAGACCGGUGGAAGUACUCGUAAUAAAAAGGGUCAUCCCAGACCAAAACAUAGAGGAUGGCGUGUGCAAGAUGGUCACUGGGUAUCACAGGGUACGAUUUUGGCUACACAAUUGACGACUAGAUUUCAUCCAGGCCUUAAUGUUGGCUUUGGUCGUAAUGGAACUUUAUUUGCCAUGGAUCAUGGAAAGGUUUACGUUACUUGUGAACCAUUGGAUCCAAACUGGGACCACACUUGGGUGCAACGUCAUUACGCAGGUCGUGAGGGUCAGCCCAUCCACAAGAAGUUUUUUAAUGUGGUGCCUGAGGAACAACAUCAACGCUUUCGAUUAGUUGAUGAAAUUUAAUUGUUUUUAGUAUAAUGUUUAAUAAAAUGAUCCAGAAAA